CAAACCGCCGCAACCUUCUCCGACCAAGCAGCAGCUCCGAGUUCGAUCGAGCCCAAGUUCGACGGCGAUGGCACGGUCGGAGCUUGUCAUGGCGUUGCUGGUGGCGGUCCUCGCCGCCGGCUGCUGCGCGUCGGCCGGCGCCGUGGCGUACCUCUCCAAGCUGCCCGUGACCCUCGACGUCACCGCAUCCCCCAGCCCCGGCCAAGUUCUCCACGCCGGCGAGGACGUGAUCACGGUGACGUGGGCUCUGAACGCGACCCGGCCGGCCGGCGACGACGCCGCCUACAAGAGCGUCAAGGUCAGCCUCUGCUACGCGCCGGCGAGCCAGAAGGAGCGCGAGUGGCGCAAGACCCACGACGACCUCAAGAAGGACAAGACCUGCCAGUUCAAGGUCGCCCAGCAGCCCUACGCCGGCGCCGGCGGCAGGGUCGAGUACCGCGUCGCCCUCGACAUCCCCACCGCCGCCUACUACGUGCGCGCCUACGCGCUCGACGCCUCCGGCACGCAGGUCGCAUACGGCCAGACCGCGCCCGCCGCAGCCUUCAACGUCGUCAGCAUCACGGGCGUCACCACCUCCAUCAAGGUUGCCGCCGGCGUCUUCUCUACCUUCUCGGUCGUCUCCCUCGCCUUCUUCUUCUUUAUUGAGAAACGCAAGAAGAAUAACUAAACUUCUUUUUGUCCUUUGCAAUGUACUCCUAUAGUGUACAUGUAAUGUAAUGUAAGAGAGUGUUGGUGUUUCCUUUUCGGGGAGCUCACGUGAUUGGACCGCUCCACUUCACCAAAGUCAGUUCAAUUUCAUCAAAUCUACGUUGGAGCAGUUUCAUCCCAGAGUUGCAGCUCCACCAAAUAGCAAUUUAUCAUGUUUGGCUUCCAAAUAGCUCCAGCUUCAAGAAUGAGAAAAUUUGUUGUGAAAUGUUUAUU